UCAAUUAAUUAUAUAGUUUUCAAUCAAAAUCAAGAUUUUGGUUAUUAACUCGAUUAAGUUCUUAUUUGGUUCUUAUUAUAAUAAGGUUUUGCAUUGCUUUGAUUUGUAUCUAUAUUGUUGAUUAGUGAAUUUGGUGUAUGUUUUCUGGGAUUUUGACAGGAGUGGUCAAGGAUCAGAUUGGUAGCUACAUCUAUUACCCCACCACCUCAAUGCACAAGGCAGCUGGCGAUUUUGGUGGCCUCAGGGUGAACAGUCGUUUGAUCAUUCCUGUCCCUUAUGCUGACCCUGCUGAUGACUACACAGUCCUCAUUGGCGAUUGGUACACAAAAAGUCACAAUACAUUGAAGAAGAUCUUGGAAAGUGGCCGCGCCAUUGGCAGGCCCAAUGGCAUCCUUAUCAAUUGUAAAGUUGCCAGGGGUGAUGUAAAAGAUGAGGCCCUCUUCACAAUGGAGCCUGGAAAGACUUACAAGUACAGGAUUUGUAACUCUGGACGCAAGACAUCCCUCAAUUUUAGGAUCCAGGGCCACACCAUGAUGCUUGUCGAAAUGGAAGGGUCCCAUACUGUGCAGAACACGUAUGAGUCCCUUGACGUUCAUGUUGGACUACAGUGCUAUGCUGUUCUCGUGACGUCCAACCAAGAACCGAAGGAUUACUACAUGGUGGUCUCCACCAGGUUUUUGAAGAAGGAUCGAAAUUACCGCUACCGGAGUCAUCCGCUAUACCAACGGCAAGGGUACCGCCUCCCCGUAAGCGCUGCCAGGCCUAACCCACAGGGAUCAUACCACUACGGCGCAAUUAACAUCACCCGCACCAUCAAGCUCGCCAACCAGCGUGCGGCUAAAGUCAACGAGAAGCUCCGCUACGCCAUCAACGGUGUCUCCCACGUGGACUUGGACACCCCAUUCAAACUCGCCGAGUACUACAACUCCACCGACAGGCUUUUCAAGUACGAUGUUAUCGGAGAUGAACCCCAAGCAAAGGUCACAGACGUCACCGUCAAACCCAUUGUCUUGAACAUGACUUUCCGUAAAUUUAUUGAGAUCAUCUUCGAGAACCACGAGACAAUCGUACAGUCCUGGCACUCGGACGGUUACUCAUUCUUUGCGAUGGCUAUGGAACCAGGAAAAUGGACACCCAAGAAGAGGAAGAACUACAAUCUGAUCGACGCCGUGAGCAGGCACACCAUUCAGGUAUUCCCAAAAUCCUGGUCCGCCAUUCUUUUGACAUUUGACAAUGCCGGAAUGUGGAACAUCAGAUCGGAGAAUUGGGAGAGGCAUUACUUAGGACAGCAGCUCUGUGCUAGUGUUCUGUCCCCAUCGCGAUCAUUGAGGGACGAGUACAACAUCUCCGACUAUUUUCAGCUGUGCGGCGUUGUCAAGAACUUGCCAAAGCCUCCGCCAUAUACAGUCUAACUAAUUAUACUGGAGGUUAGCAAGGGCCAACUCUUUCCUAAUACCAAUAAAUUUUAUCUCUAAUU